AUGGUCUCUUGGCAAAAAUACCGGAAUGGUAGAGAUCAAAUCCUCUUUUGUUUUCUUCUGGGGCUGCUACUGGACACCAUGACGGCGCAAAUCCGCUACUCCAUUCCCGAGGAGAUGGAGAAGGGAUCUUUCGUGGGCAACAUAGCCAAGGAUCUGGGGCUGGAACUUCAGGAAUUGUCGCAACGAGGGGCCCGCAUUGUUUCCAGAGGUAAGAAGCAGCAUUUCGCUCUCAAUGUCAGAAGCGGCAGCUUGGUCACCGUGGACAGAAUAGAUAGGGAAGAGCUCUGCUCCCAAAGGGUCCAGUGCCUUCUGAAUUUUAAUAUUCUAAUUGAGGACAAAUUGAAAAUUUAUUCAGUGGAGGUAGAAAUAACCGAUAUCAAUGAUAAUGCUCCUCGUUUUCGAGCUGAGGAGCUAGAACUAAAAAUCAGUGAAACAACGGCUCCGGGAACACAGUUUAUCCUAGAAAGUGCUUAUGAUCCAGAUCUGGAAAUGAAUUCGCUCCAGGACUAUGAGCUGAGCCCCAACCAUCACUUCUCUCUUCAAGUACAAAGUAGAGCUGAAGGAGUCAAGUACCCAAAACUGGUACUGGAGAGGCCCCUGGACUGGGAGGAAGAACCUGUUCACCACCUCAUACUCACAGCACGGGAUAGGGGAGAACCAGUCCACUCUGGCACUGCUCGAAUCCUCGUGACUGUCCUGGAUGGAAAUGACAACGCACCAGUAUUUACUCAACCAAUUUAUACCGUGAAUGUUCCUGAGAAUGUACCCCAGGGGACAACACUGCUCACAGUAAAUGCCACGGAUGCAGAUGAAGGAAUCAAUUCUCAGGUAAGAUACUUUCAAGUGAAAAUACCUGGGAAGACCUCACAAAUAUUUCAACUGAAUUCUGUGACUGGAGAAUUAACAACCUUAAAAAAUCUAGAUUAUGAAGAUACAGAAUUCUAUGACAUAGAAGUAGAGGCCCAAGAUGGUCUUGGUCUCUGGGGCAGAGCUAAAAUUCAUGUCACUGUUGUAGACAUGAACGACAAUGCCCCAGAAGUAACUAUCACC